AUGUUCAAGACUGUAUUUCUCUGCUGGAGUCGCAAUGGUCCCCUUAAGCCAAAAUGGUGGCUAUUUCUUGUGUGUGCAAUCUGUUUUAUCAGGUUUAGCGGGCCAGAAAUCAUAGAAGAUUCGAAGAUAAAAUUAUUAAAUUGGAAAACUUGUAUUGGGGAGAUUCUAUCUAGAGCAAAACUGGCUGGAGAUAAUACUGAUAGUUGUUCCAACAAUUUUGUUUUAAGCUUCUCUAUUCUAAAAAGUUUCAAUGUCAAAAUUCUUCCAAGUCGUUUGUUAUCUACUUUGGAGGUUCUUUGGCAACCUCCUCCGAAAGGUUGCAUCAAAGUUAAUAUUGACGGAUUAGCUAGAGGUGAUCCUUCCUUGAUCGCGUGUGGUGGUAUUUUUCAGGACGAGAAUGCUUGUCACAUGGGAAGUUUUUGUGACUUUUUGGGCGAAGGCUCUGCUGCAUUGGUUGAUUUAUUGGCGGCAGUGGUGGCUUUGGAGAGAGCUAAGAUAUUGGGUUGGAAAAAGAUUUGGAUGGAAUCGGAUUGCAGUUUGGUCAUUAAGGCUUUUUCUGAUUGUUCCCUUGUUCCGUGGAAAAUUAGAUCUCGUUGGCUUAUUUGUGUUGAGUACUUUCGCUCCAUUGACUUCAUGAUAUCCUAG